UGCCUCCCCGACUGGCACCUGCUGUCCCUCUUCGGCGUCGGAGCGGUGUUCAUGCGCGGGGCCGGCUGCACCAUCAACGACAUGUGGGACCGCGACUAUGACAGAAAGGUUGCAAGGACAGCAAGUAGGCCCCUGGCAGCUGGAGAUAUCUCCAUUUUUCAGUCCUUUGUUUUCCUUGGGGGACAGCUUAGCUUGGCGCUUUGUGUGCUUCUGUGUCUGAAUUACUAUAGUAUCGUUCUGGGAGCAGCCUCUUUGGCUCUUGUGAUCACCUACCCUCUGAUGAAGAGAAUAACAUAUUGGCCACAGUUAGUUUUGGGACUUACAUUUAACUGGGGAGCCCUUCUUGGCUGGUCUGCUGUCAGAGGGUCAUGUGAGUGGGCUGUGUGUUUGCCCUUGUACUUAGCCGGAGUAAUGUGGACGCUGGUAUAUGAUACCAUUUACGCACAUCAGGAUAAGAGGGAUGACAUCGUUAUCGGUGUGAAGUCAACAGCAUUACAGUUCAAGGAGGACACGAAACAGUGGCUCGGUGGCUUCAGCCUUGCCAUGCUCCUGAGUCUGUGCGUGGCAGGAAUGAAUUGUAACCAGACCUUCCCCUAUUACUCAGCUGUGGCUGCCAUUGGGGCUCACCUAGCGCACCAGAUUUACACUUUGGACAUAGAUAAACCUGAAGACUGUUGGAAGAAAUUUGCUUCAAAUCGUACUGUAGGAGUUCUGCUCUUCACAGGGAUUGUGCUUGGAAACCUGUGGAAGCAAAAAGACUCAAAAAAUGUAGAAGAGCCUUUAGAAAAUAGGUAGUUGAAAUUACUAUAAAUACUGAUAUUUUAGUACAGCUAAAAUGCAAGUACUGUGAGAAGGAAAACUCUUU